GCUCGCUCAAAUUAGGCCCCUCUGUUGUCGUCUGAGCUCAGUGCGAGCAGAUUCACUCAGCCAAAAGACAUCGAAUUAACCAGUCUCAUCAUAUCAGAUCUUCCUGAAUAGUUGACAAUGUGCUGCUGUCUGCAGACUGCAGAGACACAUUCCUCUGUGACUUUGGUCUCUCACAGACAUUAGAUGACAGCGGACGGAGCACUAGGGCAUUCAGGGGAGCUGCCUUCCCCGGCACAGAGACCCACAUGGCCCCCGAGGUAGCACGAGGGGAUCAACUCUGUGCCAAGGCGGAUGUGUGGAGCAGCUGUUGUAUGCUACUGCACAUGCUCAACGGAUGCCACCCAUGGAUACGCUACUACUCCCAUCCACUGUGCCUGCAGAUUGUCGACGAGCCUCCGCCUCUCUGGGAGGUGCCGUCCAACUGUAACAACUUCACGGCCAAAGUGUUCAGAGCCGGACUCCAGAAGGACCCUGACAGACGAGCAUCGGCAAAGGUGCUCAGGAGGAAAACCACCAAGGCCCUCAGAGCAGUUGGGGGUCUGAGUCCCUGGUCUGUCAAAAGGGCCUGUGAGAAGCUGUAUCACGGCAAGAGCCAGGAUGAGGACACCCCAGGACCUGGGAUCCCCGUCCUCCCAGCUAAACCCUCAGCUGCCGUCCCAGCGUCCUCCAUGUACUGGGUGAGCCCCUGGAGGACUACAGCAGUGGACGAGGACAGCAAUGACUGGAAGGAUGGUGACUCGGACUCUGAAGUGGAGACAGAUUCCCUGACUAGGGAAGAGUGGGAGUCCCAGCCAAAGUCACUGCAGGCUUAUUACGCUGCAGAUGGACAAGACUGGGACACCUGUUCUGAUUCAGAAGUCGAUAUAUACAUGGGAGAGGAGGAACAGAUUCAGGAAAAGUGGAUGAAAACUGACCCGGACUAUGAAGGGGAUGGGGAAGAGGAAGAAGAUGAAGAGGAGGAGGAAGAAGAGUGGGACUCUUCCAUUUCUACAGAGUAUCUCCGUGCUCUCCGAGGCCUUUUCCCUGUGCUGCAAAAAGGCCAAAAGACAAAUGAUAAUUCAUGGGGAUCAGAACCGGAGCUGGAAUACCUCAGAGACGAUGUAGCUGUAGGCACCACAAUCCAGACCCCGUCCCCUGAACCUCGCGAUGACCCUCCGUCCUGUUUCAGCUGCUCCGACACAUCGCAGAUGGACGCCUCAGAGAUGGACUCUGACCAUUCGUCUGAUGAUCUGAGCUCUGGAGUCUUUUCCUCCUGCAACAGUCAGACAGACGGACACUUGGAGUGGUUGGCCUCAGCAAAUCAUCCCUCCUCGUACUGCUUUGAAGGUGUUGACAUCUGGAUCGAGAACGUCCAGGGUGAGUGUCUGAGGAUUCGUGAACGUCGGCAGGUCAAAGUGGGCCAUGUUGCUAUAGGAAUUAGUAACCAGAUCUCAGGGAAAGCCUUCACUUUGGAGACCCUGGACAGGAAGAUGGUGCCCUUUGAACAAGAGAUCAAAGAGUCAUGUCUGUGGCUGCGCUGUGUUCCUGCUCCUGACAGAUGUCAGCGCUGGAGGUGGAGGGUCAGAGACAGCAAGCUGGAACUUCGAGAAUGAGACAUUUGUUAUUAUUUUUUGUUGUUGUUUGCACUAACUAAGGCAUUGAUUAUUCUAACGCCAUGUGGACAUAAGAGAUGUUUAGCUUCUGAUAUGAUUGAUUGUUCUGGGUAAAUGUAGGAUAACCAACAUAUUAGGUAGGAAUUUCAUCAGUAGAUAUUUCAAAAUGUGAUUUUAAAGUUGAUUAUCUAUUUUUAAAAUUGAUAUUCUUCCGUUUAUUUUAUUUUAUUUUUUAUCCUGCUCUGUAUGCACAGUUUUCCUAUACCUCUGUGAUCUGGAAACUAGAGUUUGACGUGUUGUUUGGUGCCUUUUAAGGUGUAGAAUAGGUGAAGCUGCUUAAAAUAAGGACUAUAAGCUCUCAAGACUUUAAUAC